UCUAAAAGAAAUAAAUUUUAUUCCUUUAGGAUUCAGUGCGCCUCCUAGCUGUGGAAGCUUGUGUCAGUAUUGCCCAGUUACUGUCUCAGGAUGACCUUGAGUUUUUGGUGAUGCCUACACUUCGACAAGCUGCAGAAGAUAAAUCUUGGCGAGUUCGCUAUAUGGUAGCUGACAAAUUUUCAGAGCUCCAGAAAGCUGUGGGUCCCAAAAUCACCCAAAAUGACCUCAUCCCCGCCUUUCAGAACCUACUUAAAGACUGUGAAGCUGAAGUCCGAGCGGCUGCUGCCCACAAAGUGAAAGAACUUUGUGAGAACUUGCCCAUUGAAGGUAGAGAGACCAUAAUUAUGAAUCAAGUGCUGCCCUAUAUAAAGGUAAACCUAACUUUAGUUUACUUUUAG